AUGCAGCUUGUUCCGAAGGAGCUCGACAAGCUCACCAUCGCGCAUCUCGGAUCUUUGGCGCAGCGACGCCUGGCACGUGGAGUGCGGCUCAACCAUGCAGAAGCAGUGGCCUUGAUCUCGGCCAACUUGCACGAGCUGAUUCGCGAUGGCCACUACUCCGUCGCCGAUCUCAUGUCCAUCGGCAAGACCAUGCUGGGUCGCCGUCACGUUCUCCCGUCUGUCGUCGCUACCCUUGUCGAGUUGCAGGUCGAAGGCACCUUUCCCACCGGAACCUACCUCGUCACCGUACACCACCCGAUCAGUAGCGAUGACGGCGAUCUAGAGAGGGCGCUGUAUAGCAGUUUCCUUCCCAUCCCACCGCAAGAAGCCUUCCCGGACCCCGACCCCAAUGAUUUCCUGCCCGAGAAGAUGCCCGGCGCCGUGAUCCCCGCGAAGCAUGCCCGCGUCGCGUUGAACAAUGGACGGAGACGCAUCCGUCUUAAGGUCAUGAGCAAGGGCGAUCGACCGAUUCAGGUUGGAUCCCACUACCACUUUAUCGAGACGAACCCGCAGCUGCACUUUGAUCGCAUUCAAUCGUACGGGUUCCGGCUCGACAUUCCCGCUGGCACAUCGAUCCGGUUCGAGCCUGGCGACACAAAAACGGUGACCCUUGUGGAAAUUGGAGGCAAUCGCGUGAUCCGAGGAGGCAAUUGGCUAGCCAAUGGGCCAUUGGAUCUGGGCCGCGCCGAGGAGAUUGUGACGCGACUGCAGACUGCAGGAUUUGCGCAUGCCCCAGAGCCCAUGGCCGACAGUGCGCUGAUCACUGGGUUUUCGAUGGAGCGCGAGGCAUACGCGCGCAUGUUUGGUCCCACCACCGGAGACUUAGUGCGCCUAGGAUUGACCAACCUGUGGGUGCAGGUGGAGAAGGAUCUGACAACGUACGGAGAUGAAUGCGCCUUCGGUGGCGGCAAGACCCUCCGAGAGGGAAUGGGCCAGGCGUCUGGCCGCUCAGCGGCUGAUUGCGUGGACACUGUAAUCACGAACGCGUUGAUUAUUGACUGGACGGGCAUUUACAAGGCCGACAUCGGUAUCAAAGAUUGCCGGAUCGUGGGCAUUGGCAAGGCUGGGAAUCCAGACGUGAUGGAUGGCGUUCAUCCGGAUCUGGUGGUGGGUGCGUCUACAGACGUGAUCGCUGGCGAGAAUAAGAUUGUCACGGCCGGUGGGAUUGAUACGCACAUCCAUUUCAUUUGCCCGCAGCAAGCGGACGAGGCCCUAGCAUCGGGAAUAACCACUUUCCUCGGUGGCGGCACGGGCCCCAGUACCGGAUCAAAUGCAACGACAUGUACACCCGGUCCUAACCAUCUGCGCCAAAUGAUGCAGGCGUGGGAUAGCCUGCCCAUCAAUAUCGGGAUCACUGGCAAGGGCAACGAUUGCGGCCCACUGAGCAUCGAAGAGCAGAUCAAGGCUGGGGCGGCUGGCUUAAAACUGCACGAGGAUUGGGGAUCAACACCGGCGGCGAUCGACAAUUGCUUGGGCGUGUGCGACGAAUAUGACGUGCAGUGCAUGAUCCAUACCGACACCCUGAACGAGUCCGGGUUCGUCGAGCAGACCAUUGAAUCGUUCAAGGGCCGCACCAUUCACACAUACCACACGGAAGGCGCAGGGGGCGGCCACGCGCCCGACAUUAUUUCCGUGGUUGAGCAUCCGAACGUGCUUCCUAGCAGCACGAACCCGACCCGACCAUUUACCCUGAACACGCUCGAUGAGCAUCUGGACAUGCUGAUGGUGUGCCACCAUCUGUCCAAGAAUAUUCCCGAGGACGUUGCCUUCGCCGAAAGCCGCAUCCGCGCUGAGACGAUCGCUGCGGAGGACGUGCUGCAUGACCUGGGAGCUAUUAGCAUGAUGUCGUCCGACUCACAGGCUAUGGGCCGCUGCGGCGAGGUGAUCCUGCGCAACUGGCACACGGCACACAAGAACAAGGCGCAGCGCGGUCCCUUGCCUGAGGACGAGGGCACCGAGGCCGACAACUUCCGGGUGAAGCGCUAUGUCAGCAAAUACACAAUCAACCCAGCGCUGGCACAGGGGAUGGCCCAUGCGAUUGGCAGCGUGGAGGUCGGCAAGAUCGCGGACCUGGUUCUUUGGAACGCCAGCACUUUUGGGACCAAACCGGUCAAAGUUUUGAAGAGCGGCCUGAUUGCUGUGGCCGAGAUGGGUGACCCCAAUGGCUCCAUCCCGACUAUUGAGCCGAUGAUCAUGCGGCCUCAGUUUGCUGGCCGCGUUCCUAGCACGUCGAUCAUGUUCGUUUCUCAGGCCUCCAUCGAUAACGGUACCGUGCAGUCGUACGGUCUUCGGAAACGGAUCGAACCCGUCAAGAACUGCCGGGCCGUCGGCAAACGAGACAUGAAAUUCAAUAACACAAUGCCGAAGAUGAAGGUCGAUCCGGAGAGUUAUACCGUCGAAGCAGAUGGCAUGCUUUGUGACGCCGAGCCAGCGGCCGAGUUGCCUCUGACACAGGCCUAUUACAUUUUCUAG